CUUCUCAUGUACUCUAUUAAAACUUUUUUAAUGCCCAUUGUGGAGUUUUAGGUAACGGUGUUUCGGUGCGUAAUAAAAGAUCAUAUGCCUUUGUCUUUGCCACUUUCUUAGUAAUGCAGUUAGACAGCAUAUUCACCCAAUUAUUUGCAGUAGUGACCUGUUUUUGUUAUUCGAUCUAGCAAGAUUCUGUCAGAGGGACGGCUAAAAGAUUUCAUGCAACCCAGCACCUUGACAAAGUUCAAACAAAGAAAAGGGAAAUUAUAUUCAGGGACCAUUAUAUUCUUAUAACCUUUAAGACCAAAUUACACACACACACACACACACACACACACACACACACACUUAUACAUAAGGAAACAUUCUGUUGUGUAUAUUGGCUAAUAUUAUGUAGGCCUUUGAGAUAUAGAUCUUAGCGUCAGGAUUUUUGUGGGGGGUUUUUUUUUAUGUAACUGGGAUAAAAUAUCAGUUAGCAGACCAAAACAUUUUUUUUUUUUUUUUUGCAACUGAACAGUGUGAUUUGUCAUUCAUCGAGUUCUUCAAACUUGGUGUGACAAAUAUAGAUAUAUCCCACCAUACCUGCUAAGAUAUUAGAUUUUUUGAAUGGAAAAUGAUUGAGAUAUGUUAUAGAAAACAGGUUAGACAUGAUUCCAUUUAUAUACUAUGUACUAGUAAUACAUGCUUUCUGAACUUAAAACUUUAAUUCAGCAUUUUAAUGCCCUUGCAAUUAAACUGAUCAUUGUGUCAGCUCUUUCUGUCAGGGCCAAUAGAAAGAUAAGCAUUAGAAAUAGUGAUAGUCUUACUCAGUGAUACUCAUUCCCACAAUCAUUAGACAAACAUUUUACCAACAUGUGCCAUUUCAGCUAGCAACGAUGACUAACACAGAUAAAUAUCUUAUUCCUUUCUUUGGGAGGGCUUGAUGAUUACAUAAGCGAUGGCGAACUCACAAAUGACCUUUGAGACAGUGCUUAUCUGACCGACUGCUAGCACACCAGCUACAGAUAAUGGUUUUAAACAGGAGAGAAUUUCAACAACACAACAAUAUAUCUAUAAGACAGGGUAAAGUGAGAUGUUGUCCUUCAUUUCCUGGUUUGUACCAAGUUUACCCACUUGGCUAAUACCUGAUGCAAAUCCUCUAGACUGUAUUUUACAAGGGCUUGUAGGAGCAUGUGGGAUCUCAGUGCUUUCCAUCCUUUUAAGGGUUCAUUUAUUCGUUGAAGCACAGAGUACAGCAGACAGCAAAGAUGACAUAAAGAACAAGCGCACUCAUAUUGGUGGUCUAACAGACAGAAUCCAGUUCUGGAUCCUGACAGUGACUCUCGCCUUUGUGGGUUCUAGAGUUGCAGCAUUAGUGGUUCUUGAGUUCUCUCUUCGAGCAAUUUCAUCACGCUUCACAGCCUCAUCAGAUCCACUGAGUGAUACUUUGUUACAGCUGCUAGUGCAGUGCCAGUUCUCUUUGGGCUGUGCAUUAAACUGCAGUCUUUAUUUUCUCCAUGAGGGGGCACCACAAGCUUGGCUAAAUUUCCUCCUUGCUGCAGCACUGAGCUGGUUUUUGGCCAGCCAGUGUUCCAGAUUAUGGCACCACGUAAAGACAAUGUACCCAAUACACAGCACCCAGCGGUACUGUGGGGUCUGUAUUGGCCUCCUGACGUCUGGCACAUCUAUAUUGCCUUUUCUUUGCAGUGCCUUGAUUCUAACAUUUUGUGUGGCUGGAUUUGCUGCCAUAUCGAGCAUCAACCAGCACUUUCUGUCAACUACUGAGGCCUUGAGGUUCUGGACACCACUCACAAUCUGCUACACCCUACUUGUCGUCUAUAUGCAUGAGGAGCAGCAUCGGCAGCCUAUCGGACAGGCUCUUCUGAAUACAGUGAUGGUGCGCCUUGGAGGCCUAUUAUUAUUGAUGCUUACUGUGGGAAGGUGGGAAGAUGUGCUCCACAUCCUACUGUGCUUCAUUGGGGAAGCUGCCUGUCUGCUACCAGCUCAGGAACUACUGAAUAGCACCUCUAAGGAUGCUGCAGAUGUUCCCAGACGAUUUGUGACGAAAAAUGGAGACCAGAGAAGACCAAACAAAUCAGACAAAUAUGACUGAGGCAUAAAAUGUUAAAUGGGAAGACAAAAAAAAGGAGACUGCCAGAAGCGAUUAGAACAGGAGAGAACGAUUUUCAGGAAAACAAGAUUUUCCAGUCUAGACUCUAAUGUGAUAUACUAAUGUAAUAGCAGCAGGUCAACAGAAGAUCAUUUAUGCUUUGUAAAAUGGCCUACAUGGUCCUGUGUGUAUAUGACAGAUGAACUGAUUUUUAGCACAUCAAUAUUUCAGAUUUGAAUAUAAAAAGGAUAAACGAUUUGAUAUUUAUUUCAGAAAUCAAAAAUAGAAUCAAUAAAAUAUGCAGGACUGAUGAAACCAUUAGCCUGAAGCCACAUAAUUAUCUUUUAAAGAAAUAUUGGGGGGGGGGGGGGGGGGGGGAAGCCCACUGUAGAAGUGUUUCAUAAUGUACAAUAUUUUAUUAAAUGUUCUUCAUAUUACAACAUGGCAAACAAUUUAUCAAGACCUUUAUUUAAAUAGCUGAACACAAACUUCACGUUGUAUUAUGUCUAUAUUGAGCUAAAGCAACUAAAUACAGGUAUAUGUCCCCUUUAUAAAAGUACAUUAGCAAAAAGUUUUUUUAUUUUUUAUUUUUAUGUAGCUUCUUUUUAAUCAAGCUUGAUAACACUGGACAAAUAUGAUGGGAAGACAACACAGACUCGUUUAAUAAGCGGGGGGCGGGCGGGGGGGUGGAGCAACCCAUUUGAUUUUCACAGGCCUAACCGCUUUUUCCUUAAAAGGCAAAAUCCCAUAGAGGGAACCCUAACAAUGUGACUUCACUGCGUCGAGUUAGCUAACAGGAUUUAUUAUCUGAAACAGACGUAUCUGUGCGCAAAUAAUAUAAUCAAAGAUGUAACAUUAGUAUUAAAACGUCGUUAUCUUUUCAUCCUAAUAAACAUAACACAAGACAAUUUUUUUUUGUAAACACAAAAUGGCCGCUGCUGUCUGAAGCUAAUUGUUCUGUUGUCAUGAACGGCGCGUGAGACCUUGUUCAAAAUGGCGUCAUAUUUCAGAUAACUGGGAUUGUUCAGUUUUCUCGGACAAUAAAUCACUCUAAUAGCGAGCAGACUACACUGAAACAAAUAGCAAUAUUGUAGAAACAGCACCUGCCUCUAGAUAUGCCCUUCGCUAUAAUCUGCACUGAUUAAGAUAUUUAAAAUAAUAAUAAUAAUAAAAAGAGGAAGAAGAGACAGGGACUAAACGGAACAACGGAGGACCAAUGUUUUACGUUCAAGUCCACGUUAGGAUAUAACAUGUAAACUGUUAUUGACCUAAAACUUUGAUGCUAUUCCGACACUCUUCCAACUUUUGGCAUUCCUAAAUCUAACCCAUGAAUAAAACAUUUUUUUUUUCAAUCCGUAGUUAUUCCGACUGUAGGGGAGUGUUAUCAGCAAUGCAAUCCAAACCAAGUUUUAUUGUUGUUGUUGGAUUAUUUGUCCCCUACUUCACAGAACAGCAGUAGACAAAUUUGUAUUUCCAAAGUAGCCCAAAAAGAUGUUUUCCAAUCCCAAAAGCAUCGUGUUCAAUAAAGUAGACUACUGCUUUAUUUCUCUUCCUUCGAGGACUUUUGUAGAUCCACAUAAUCCUCAAUACAGUCCUGUAAUCUGCAGAUUUUGUAUUUAUGGCUUGCCUUCUCUAACGAACGACGCAAUUUCACAUCCCGCAAAUGUUUUCCAGAAAUUUCCGCCACUCUGCACUGCAGAAUAGUAAUUGCUCUUUGUCAAGUCCCGAUGUGGGCGUGCUUUGCGCAUGCGCAAAGUAUCCACUGCAGUCUUUGGAUUUGCCGCAUUUUGACGCAUGCGUGUUUCGGCUCAUUGCUUUUCAGGGCUGUCAAAUUCAGUGAUCUUGCUUUCUUCAACAGCAGCAUGUGUUAUAAAUCGGUCACAGUUUGUGUUAUAUUAGCUGAAACUGGUGGGUAAAAUAUGCAGUCCAAAUAAAAAAAAUACUGCAAAUUGUAAUACUGAAUAAAAAAAACGCGUUCU